AUGGUCGAAGUCCUCCUCGCGCGCGGAGCGGACCCGAGGUACAGAGGGAACAAGGCUGUGGAAGCCGCGAUCCAGAUCAAGGACUUGCGCAUGGUGAAACUUCUCGUGGAGCCGCCUGCGCUCGCCGAGACACCGAAGGAGGGCAAGAGCAAGAAGAGGCGGAGGCUGUCGGAUCGUAUCGAUAUCGGACAGCCGCUCGUCGCACUCGCCAUGAAGCAGGGCACCGAGGAAAUUGUAAAGUACUUUGUGGACGAGAAGGGUGAGUCACUUGGGCCUGAGGGAAGCGGAGGGGGCUUAGCGGCUCAGGGAGGUGCUUCACUCCGGUGA